GAUCGAUCUCCGCGAACGAGAACUGUCAAAGGAUCUAUCUAAAGUGCUAACGGGCAAUUGAAUCAAUUUGAAGGUGGUGUAGCGGCUGUGCACAUAUGGACAUGUGAUCUCCAAAAAUUUCCGUGCCGAGGAAAAAUUGAAGUCAGAUAGAUUUCGCUUCACUAGACUUGCUGGAGACGUUUAACCUUUCGGCUUUCUGAGAACCUCUACGGACUUCCCACCUUGCUCAUAAUUAAUCGACACGCUCCACACCCUUUCCCAGAACCUCCCCCCCUCGUGGCCCUGCUUGUCUACUUAGAUGCCUCGCGCAAGACGUCCGAAGCUCGUGAGUCUCACGAAGACAGAGAAGAAGAUAACCAAAGCGCAUAAAGAGAAUUUCGUUGCUGAUGUUCGAGAACAUGUGGCAAAGUGGAAAUACGUCUAUGUGUUGCGUGUCGGGAACAUAAGAAACUCGGCACUAAAAAUCGUGAGGGAGAAAUGGAAGGGAACUGCAAGAUUGUUCUUUGGACGGAUCCGUGUCAUGGCUGUAGCACUCGGGACGUCGGAAGAUAACGAAUGUCGCGAUGGGAUUCAUGCUGUAUCAAAACAUCUACAAGGCGGAGACGGCCUUUUCUUCACUGAUUACCCACCCGAUGAAGUCGAAGCUUGGUUCGACCACUUUGCAAAGCCAGAUUUUGCACGGUCAGGGAACACGGCCAAAGAUACCAUAACACUUCCAGUCGGUCCAAUCACAAUACACGGUGACGAUACGGCAACGUUCCCUUCAUCUAUGGAACCUCAAUUUAGAAAACUCGGACUGACGACAGUCAUGAAACGUGGGGUACCAAGCUUAGACUACGAGCACGUCAUUUGCAAGAAGGGAGAUGUUCUCACAGCAGAACAGGCACAGCUCCUCAAACUCGUUGGAAUUCAGAUGGUCGAGUUCAAAGUUAUGCCCGUUGGGUGGUGGAGCGAAGAAAAAGGUUAUUCCCGGAUAGGGAAUCAUGACGCUUCUGACUCUAGUAGCGGUAACAACGAAGACGACAAGGCGGAUUCAGGAGGAAGUGCAAGUGAGGACGAAGAGUAAAAAAAAAAAACCAAAUAAUUAUGUGCCUGAUUCCUGUCAUAUCAUUUUUCGUUUGGUUUGCUAGUGUACGUUUUAAUUUUCUACCAUUGAUAAUUUGCCUCAGUA